AUGUCUGGGAAGGGAGAGUGCAGCGCAUGGGGUGGCAAGACAGCAUGGGCACGAAAGGAAGAGGCGUGUUUUAAUCUGGCUGAUUCGCUUAACAAAGAGGAGCACCGUAAGCAGCAAGAAUACCUCUGUGCUAUGGUACGGAAUGGUGCUGAAAUGGCUUAUGAUAAUGACGAGGAGAUGGCAAGGGCAUUGCAGCGAGAAUUCGAUCGUGAGUACGAGCUUUCUGUAAUGAUGAACAGAGAGAAAGUGAAAGACGGAACGAACGCCACAAUAAUAGUAACACCUGACCGUUAUUGUCCAAAGACCACCCAGGAUUCCAACCAAUCAAGCGACGAUGAUGACCUGAGAGAAUCCGCGAUGGAUUUACUUUAUUCCGAGGACAACGUGCCGGUGCACACUGGUGCUAUAUUUCGUACCGCUGGAGGGAGUGUCUUAACGAAACAUGAUGCGGACAUCUCGGCUAAACGCAAUGCUGAUAAAACUAUGAAUGACAAAGUUCCUCUAGCCUUUGGAGAUAUGCUUAACAAACAGAUCAACAGUCGCGUAUUUAAUUCACUGCGUAAGUUUUCAAAGACAGAAGCGAGGAGGCGGCACAAACUUAAAGAUAAGGAAGAGAAGGCGACCAUUGAGAUAUCUAUGGACGCAAUUGCCCGACUGCACUUGUUCAAGUGGAUUAAUCAAGGUGUUUUUGACCGAGUUGAAGGGAUCAUCGCGACUGGAAAGGUUUAUAAGAUGAGCUUGACUGAGUUUAAAAACAGAUCAGAAUACGUGAAAGAUGACUUCCGGUUUAAGAAUCCUCGUCAAGUGAUGAAGAUUUGGGCUGAGCGGGAGUUUAUGAACCUUUCAAGGAUGACAAAAUGUGGAGUGGCAUGCCCAACGCCUAUCAAGCUGAAGCGUCAUUUAUUGCUGAUGUCAUUGAUCGAGGAAGCUGGAGAGGCCGCACCUCGUUUGAAAAAUGUCGACUGGGAUUUUCUGACGAUCGAGGAUAGAAAGGGCGUAUUUCUGCAAGUGCAGGACGUCAGUUUGCUUUGA